AUUGGUGACGCUAACGCCACUGUCUUCAGGAAAGAUGGACGAAAAUAUUGUAUAUUUAGAAGAUGGUACGAAAUAUGAAAGUAGCAUCAGAAGUUCAUGUUUCAUAAUCUCAAACCAGAUACUUUCACCUUUGCCAGAUGAUGUACAACAGAAAAUUGCAAGUUUUAUUCCACCUCUUGGAAGACUUCCACCUUGGGAUCCUUAUUUCCAGGAGAAUACAAUUACAGGUCGAGAUUCCAGAAAACAGUGUAUGUUAGAAUUGGAUAAGGAAGAAUUUUUGCAUAAAAGUUAUAAGGAAUUCAGAUGUGGUGAAGGAGGCUGUCAAGCCAAUUUUAACAACAUCCAGUCUUAUGAAAGCCACUACAACAGCAUUCAUCGUCAUGUUUGUUCCAAAUGUAAAAAAUCUUUUCCUUCAGAUCAUCUUUUGUCCAUACACAUUACAGAGGUGCAUAGUUCUUUCUUUUUGUCUGCUGCCAAGAAAUCUGGAGAGCCAAUAUAUGAGUGUUUGGUGGAAGGCUGUGUGUUGAAGUUUAUGGAGUCUCAAGCAAGGAAAGAACAUUUGAUAAAAGAACACAAAUACCCUGCGGAUUUUAGAUUCAGCACCUUUAAACAGAAGAUAACAAAGAGCAAUACUCAAGAUGCCAUGGAAACUGAUGAGGUAUGUCACAAAGUAAAAGAUAUACAUAAUAGAAAUAAAUCAAGCAAAGUGAAUAAACCAGGAGUUGAAGAACCAAAUAAACUUCAGAUCAGAGUUCCAAAAACAAUAUGUUUUGGUUAUGGAAGCCCAAGAGGGUUCCACCGUGGGGCACCACAGUAUCGAGGUAAAGGAAAGACUAAACACUGGCACCAGACUUCUGAAACUGGAAAAAGUAUAACUAAUGUAGAGGAUAUUAGUAUGCAAGAUUUAGAAAAAGCCUUAGAUGAUGGGAGAAAGUAAACAUUUAGUAUGCAGUCAGAUAACUACAUGUGUAUGCUUACAUAACCAGUUCUUUUAAGGUUAUAGCUAAAUUGUAUAAGAAUAGCAGUUCAAAAGCAUAUCCCUCAAGUUAUUUUGUGAUAAGCCUAAUAUGAGACUGAAUUGUAUGUACGAGAUAACUCCAUAUGUCAAGGUAAUUGCUUUGGAUGGUGUGACAUAGGUGAUAAUUCAGUAUCCUUUCAAAACCUGUAUAAUUUCAUGCUGUUUUUUUUUCUUUUUUAAUUGAGCAUUGAUUAGGCAUAUUUCAUUCUAUUCUAUCAUAACUCUGUAAAAAAAAGUCACAAGAAAGACUUAUUGCUGUCAACUUUGUUUAUGAAUCAUUAAAUAUUUGUAACUUUGCUUCAUGUUUUGAUGUUAGAUAUGCUUCAAAGUUUAAUUAAUGAUAUAGUAUUUAAUUAUUUAUGUAUUCUGGUCUUAUGCUGAUUACAAUAAAAAGAAAUUGAGCCAUUGA